AACUUUAUCUGGGAUUCCUCAAAAAGAUUGCAUACUUGCUUCAUGACAACAUAUGUAUAUUACCUAUUAUUUCGAACACUUUAUCGCUGUAGAUUUUUGAAAAUCAUGAUAAACACACUAAUAUUUGUUUCCACUAUUGCGUUUGCUUUAGGAACAGAGGUGAGACCACUGUGUCCACCGAAUGAGCAUUACUCGAAUUGUAUGAACGACUGCAGGACAUGCGCGGAUCCAAAACCUCUCUCAGCCUGUAAUAACACGAUCUGCGACAAAGGAUGUGAAUGUGACGAUGGCUUCAUAAGGACGAAGAAAGCCAAUGGGAUGUGUAUUCCUUUCGAAAAAUGCAAAAACUGUCUAGAUCCUAACUUCGAAUUCAAGGAAUGUGGUUCAAGUUGUAAAACGACAUGUAAAGAUGGUAAUAUCGAAAGGAAUGUUUGCCCCAGAGUUUGUGAACCAGGCUGUUAUUGCAAAGGAAAUAAAGUUCUGGAUGAAGCUACAAACGAAUGCAUAUCUGUUGAAGAAUGCAAGAAGAGAAAGAGGAAAUAGAAGAUUGGAAGUAAUAAAAUAGUAACUUUUGUAUUCUGCUUUUUGUAUUUAUACUUUGUGUUAUACGUGAAAUAUGAGCAAUAAAAUUUCAGAGAAUUUUAAGUGA